UACAAACUUAAUUUAUUCAUGCGUUCUAUUUAUUGAAGCCAAAGCAUAGUUAAAUGAGUUUGAAUUUUGGAACUACAUGUUUGAAUGAUAUGUGUUCAAGUUAAUAUGUGGAUAUGUAUAAAGCUUCUUAGCUGCAUUUGCAUGCAUGUUUCUGCUGAUAUAUGUACAAAAGCUUCAUGGUUAUAGAUUUCUCCUUUUUUUUUUUCCUUUUUUUUUUUUUAUUAAAAAAUAUAUAUAUGGUCUUCUCUAUCCAUUUCUGAUUAUAUAUUUCCAAGUCUUAAUUUAUUUGCUUUUUAUUUCCCUUUUUUAGGAAUUUAGAAGUCUUAAAAACAUUGAAUCAAUUAAUUACGUUUGAGUCAGUUAAGUAUAGGAUUGCCAUAGAACCAACACGUACAGGAAAAUUUAAGGAAAGAAGACUUGAUUGGAGAAAGUUUAGUUUUGGGAUAUAAAUUAACCGCCUUGAGCAAUAAAAUUGGCCUUAAAUCCAAUUUUUUUCAUUCUGUUGAUGUUUCUUAUGAAAAAUAGCUUGGAAUAUUACAUUUGAAACACCAGAUUAAACGUAUCUGCUAACGUUCUAAAUCUCUUUAUCCUUUCAAAGCCAGAAGGUGCUUUCCAUUAAUCUCUUUAUUUUGAAAGCAUAGCAAUGUUUCAGUACUUGUUAUACAGUAAUUAAGAUAAGGAGAAAUCAGGAAAAGAGAAAGUGGGGCUUAUAGUUUUUGUCUUGUCUGGUGAAUUAGGAUCAUAAAGUAUAUAAUAAUGUAAGUAGUGGAGUUAGUGACAAAAGUUCAAAAAAUGCCAGUCCAAUAUUCAAUGGAUUGAAAUUGAAAGUAGAUAAUUUUAAAGCCUAGGAAAGAUGGCACAAUUUGGGUGAACAUCUCAAUCAAAUCCUAUUCAAUGCCGUACAAGAAAUUUUGUAAACCAUAUGCCAUAUGGUUUCCUUCUACUGCAAAGUAUGAGAACUAACAAGUUAUAUAUGUACCAAGAACCUUGCGAAAGUUAGGCAUUAAUCGCAUUAAUUUAUGAACCAUAUGGUUUCCAUAAUCUUUCAGGUUAAAUUAUAUAUACAUAUAUAAUAUAUAUUAAUUGCAUGCAUGUGCUUGACCAGACAAAGUUAGGCAAGUCAAGGACAAGCAAAAAGGGACAACAUUCCAAAUUGGUGAUUAAGGAGAGUGAGAAAGAUCAUCAUGGAGAAAUUAGCAGCAACACAAGGCACAGCAGGUGGUAAUUGUAAACCCUUAACCACAUUUGUCCAAACAGACACAAACACAUUCAGGGAAGUUGUUCAGAGACUGACAGGACCAUCUGAUCAAACCAAUAAUACAAUUCCAUCGCAAGACCAUGUGGCUCCAAAGAUGAUGGGUAAUGUAAAGAGAUCAACCUCCAAACUCCAUGAGAGAAGGCAGUACAUGAGGCCAAAGCUUGAGAUUGUGAAACCCACUUUCCAGUAUUUCAAACCAGCAGACCACCACCAGAGCUGCUUUUCACCACCAAAGGCACCAAACUCUGCUGGUUUCCUCCCAAGCCCAGUUGGAACCCCUUCUUCCAUAUUCUCAAAGCUUUCAAUAUUGGAAGAGGAAAAGAAGCUAGGCUCAGAAGCAUCAGCUGUGUUGAACAGCCAAGAAGAAGAGAAAGCCAUCAAAGAGAGGAGGUUUUACUUGCAUCCCUCACCAAGAGGUAGAAAAGGAGACACUACCGAAGUUCCUGAGUUGCUUACAUUAUUCCCUCUUGAAUCUCCAACAGCUCAGGCUAGCGAUCAGAAAGCAUGAAUAUUUUUGUAAUCUAACAAAUUCCAAAUAUGUGAGUGGAGUGGAGAUUAUUAAUUUCGGCCAUGUUUUUGUACUAUCAAUCUUAGUGAGUUGAUCAAGUGAGAUAUAUGUGCAUUCGUAAUAUAGCCAAGGGACUUGAAAGCAUUCGAUAUAUGGGCCUGGAAAACGGAAGUACUCAUAAAAAAAUUUGCAAUGUUGAAAAUCAUUUUAACAAAAAUUUUCACUCAAGUUUUCAAGACAAUUUCAAUAGAUUCAUGAAUUUUGAAUUUUUA